AUGUCCCAGUGGCUACAGCGCCAUGCUUCCACCAGAGUCCAGCUCGGGCUGGCAGCGGCGGCUGGCGCGGUGGUGGCAAGCUCGAUCAUCUUCACGGCGACCGCCAUCCACCGGCGACGGGCGACGGAAGCGCUCAAAGCCUCGAUCCCCGAUAUCUCUGCCGAGCACCAUGCGAUCCCUCUGACCGAAUAUGGCGGCCCCGUUCGGGAGACCAUCACCACGAAGGAAGAUGAAAGAGCAGCAGUGAUAGCGGCGCGGGCGCGAAAGGGAGACUACGAUGAGGAGCUGAUCCUCGAACAACUGGCCCGCAACCGGGUGUUCUUAAAAGAUGACGGGCUGGCCAAAGUGCGCAACGCCUUCGUGGUCGUUGUUGGCCUUGGAGGCGUGGGCAGCCACUGUGUUGCGGCACUGGCCCGAAGCGGCGUGUCGAGGAUACGAAUCAUCGACUUUGACCAGGUCACCCUGAGCAGUCUGAAUCGACAUGCGUUGGCUACUCUCGCGGACGUCGGCACGCCAAAGGUGCAUUGCGUGAGGAGACGGCUCGAGCAGAUCUGUCCUUGGGCCAGAAUCGAUUGCCGGAACGAGCUGCUGAGUUCUGAGUCGACCGAGGCACUGUUGAGUAGUUGGGACUAUGAAUUGAAACACGACGAAGAUGGAAGAGAGCCCGACUGGGUCGUGGAUGCCAUCGACAAUAUCGACUCGAAAGUCGCACUGUUGCAAUACUGUGCUGUCAAUGGCAUCAAAGUCAUCAGCGCCAUGGGAGCAGGAUGUAAGAGUGAUCCGACACGCAUCCAUGUGGGCGACAUUUCUACCAGUGUCGAAGAUCCCUUGUGCAAGGCCACGAGGCGCCGACUGAGGGUCAAGGGGAUCAAGGAUGGGAUUCCUGUGGUCUUUUCGACCGAGAAACCCGGUGAAGGCAAAGCCGAGCUGCUGCCCAUCGCGGACGAGGAGGUGGAGAAGGGCGGCGUCGACAAGCUCGGUGUCCUUCCCGAGUUCAGGGUCAGGAUUCUGCCUGUGCUCGGGACGAUGCCUGCAGUGUUCGGGUACACGGUCGCCAACCAUGUCAUCUGCAGCAUCGCUGGUUACCCCAUGGACUAUCGGCUGGGAGAAAAAGGCCGGGAGAAGCUGUAUGAUGGCGUCCUAGCUACCCUGCAAGCCUUGGAGGAACGGCUGGUGCGCUCGACUGACGGACAAGAUGCUGUUGGUCUACGCAUCCCCGUCACCAGAGAUGAUGUAGCAUACCUUCUGGACGAAGUGUUCCGCGGCAAGAGUGUCAUCAGCGGUCUCGGCACCAGGCUGGCUCUUAUUCGAUGGCGCAAGCCUGCUGGCGGAUUUCAAGUCGACCCCGAAUACCUCCCUGAAGGCCAGAAGAUGAUCAAGCUCCCACUGACGGACCUGGUGGUAAUGACCAAGGAAGAAGCCCAGAGGCACGAGAAGCAGGUGCUCAGAGGGGGCGCCGAACCGGAAGACCUCUACGACUCCGGUGUGCUGCUCCAGGUCAAGAAGCGCCAUGACGAAGAGGAAGCAUACGAAAAAUACAGGUAG